UGCGUUUCAUCCGACACGUGGCACACGGAUCACACCCUGCCACAAAAACUUCUGCGGUGGUAUGGGAACGCGUUAUAUCAUAAACUUGGACCUUUGGACUCAAGUGAACUGACAGACAGAGAAAAAAUUGUACACGCGGCCAUUCUGAUUUAGAAAAAGGGGUCUAUAAUUUGCUGAAUCUUCAUUAUGGAUAUCAAUAGAAUGAGACCAUCAUUGCGUCCAGGUCUAAGAGAUCCUUCAGCUCAAACAAAUGCAAGGAAUAUUGGUCAUGGUCCAAAGAGUAGAAUAUAUCGUCGUACUAGAAGUGCCCCUCUUGCUAAUUACAGACCCGUAGAGGCAAAAUGCGUUGCCGCAGUUCAACAACGUUCUCAAUCCGUUAUGCACUUGAGUUUUGUUAAAGUAGCUAUAUUCUUGACUGUCUACUUAGGAGUGGGAACUAUGUGCUUCUACUUCGUCAGGCACCAGCUCGAGGGAGACAAGACAAAUGCAGUUCUUGAUGCUGUUUAUUUCUGUGUUGUGACCAUGGUUACUCUCGGAUAUGGAGACCUAGUGCCCAACAGCACACUAGCGAAACUACUGGCUUGUGCUUUUGUCUUUGCAGGAAUGGCUCUUGUCGCAUUGAUCUUGAGCAAAGCAGCAGACUAUUUGGUAGAGAGGCAAGAAAUGUUGCUUAACAAAGCCCUGCAUGGGCAUCAGAAGUUUGGUCCAAUUGAAGUCCAUAAAGAAGUCGAGCCUAAGAGUGUGAGGUACAAAUGUGUUAAGGUCUUUAUCCUUCUUUUGGUUCUUAUGGCUUCUGGCACGAUCUUCCUAGUUAAAGUUGAGAAAUUCGACCUUGUGGAUGCAUUUUAUUGCGUUUGUUCCACCAUCACAACCCUGGGAUAUGGAGAUAAGAGCUUCUCAACUGAAGCCGGGCGUGUUUUUGCAGUGUUCUGGAUAUUGGCAAGUACCACCUGUUUGGCUCAGUUUUUCCUCUACAUAGCUGAGCUAAACACCCAGCAUAGACAAAAGGCAUUGGUUAACUUGGUUCUUACUCGUGAAGUUACCAAAGUUGAUUUGGAGGCAGCUGAUCUUGAUGAUGAUGGGCUUGUUGGGGCUGCUGAGUUUGUCAUAUAUAAACUCAAAGAGAUGGGAAAGAUUAACCAAGAAGAUGUCAGACUUGUAAUGAAGGAGUUUGAAGCUCUUGAUGUCGACCAGUCUGGAACCUUGUCGAUUAAAGAUGUAACGCUUGCUCAAUCAUCUUAAACAUAAUGGUAACUCUGGCCUCUCGCUGCCAUGCAUGCUUCAUUUUGUAGCCUAUUGGAAGGCAAUGCAGAAUAAUCUGAGCGGUUUCACGUAGGUUAAUUUGUAAUAGCUUCCUCUUCCCACUCCCUGGAAGUUCAUAGAUUUAGAGAUGUAGACAUAUCUUAUUCGCUUCAACCAGUUUCCCAACUAUGAUUGCUUCCC